CGCCCUCAGUCUCGAGCUUUCUAGCACACAGGGCUGCUGGCAGUGUAGAGAGUAUGAAGCUUGGCGACACAGCGGUGGAGAUACCCAAGGUACUCUUUCAUGGAGGGAUCUACAAGCAAGGCCGCAGAUACUCCCGAUUCAUUUGAGGCGGGCCAGGCGAGACCUCGCUGUAAGCCGAAGUUUUGCUUGCCGUUUCCGUACCACUCUUUCUGUCUGGGAUUGCUCGUAGUGAUGGAGUCAAGGCAAGGCAAUGAGCAUGCACAGCGAUGCGGGCCAGUAUGGCAGCAAAAGCAUCGCCCCAACGCCACAGAAGAAGCACAAUGAAGCAGUCAGAUCGGGAGGCUGUUGCGCUUCCUGUGUCUCCUCUCUUCUGUACGAGGUACAGCUAGCUACCACCGCGCUCACGGCCCUACUACUAUACCUAGUCGCCCUUUCUGCCCUUCUCCCAGACCAUUCAAGCCUUAAAACGUCCGCAUCUUUGCUGUGUCGAGGACUUCGUUGCCCUCAUUCAAGCCCUAUCCAUCUCAUCGCAACGUACAGACAUAGCCACCCGCUUUCUUGGUCCAACAUUCCAGGCGCAGGCAAGAGUACUAAGCCCAGAAGAUACGGAUGUCGACACCCAUGAAGGAAGGCAGUGCCGUGUGCAAGACCUUGUCGGAUCGUCCGUUCCGAUCCAGCAUGACAGCCACUGCCGAAGCAGUAUGUGCAACAUCGAGCGUCUCAAAACAGAGGCA